AUGUCGGGCCUGCCCGUGGCUGUGUCCGUGGCUGUGUCCGUGGCUGUGUCCGUGGCUGUGCCCGUGGCUGUGUCCGUGGCUGUGCCCGUGGCUGUGUCCGUGGCUGUGCCCGUGGCUGUGUCCGUGGCUGUGCCCGUGGCUGUGUCCGUGGCUGUGCCCGUGGCUGUGCCCGUGGCUGUGCCCGUGUGUGGUAGUAACAGCAGCAGUAGCGGUAGUAUUAGCAGUAGUAACAGUAGUAGUAGUAGCAGUAGCAGUAGUAGUAGCAGUAGUAGCAGUAGCAGUAGUAACAGUAGUAGCAGUAGUAGCAGUAGCAGUAGUAGCAGUAGCAGUAGUAGUAGCAGUAGUAACAGCAGCAGCAGUAGUAACAGCAGUAGCAGUAGUAGUGGUAGUAGCAGUAGCAAUAGCAGUAGCAGUAGCAGUGGUGGUAGUAGUAGUAGCAGUUGCAGUAGUAGUAGUAGCAGUAGCAGUAGGAGAAGCAGUAACAGUAGCAGUAGCAGUAACAAUAGCAGUAGUAGUAGCAGUAGUAGUAGUAACAGCAGCAGCAGUAGCAGUAGCAGUAGUAGUAGUAACAGCAGCAGUAACAUUAGCAGUAGCAGUAGUAGUAGCAACAGCAGCAGUAACAUUAGCAGUAGUAGUAGCAGUAGUAGUAGUAACAGCAGCAGUAGCAGUAACAUUAGCAGUAGUAGUAGCAGUAGCAGUAGCAGUAGCAGUAGCAGCAGCAGCAGUAGUAGUAGUAACAGCAGCAGUAACAUUAGCAGUAGUAGUAGUAGUAGUAACAGCAGCAGUAACAUUAGCAGUAGUAGUAGUAGUAGUAACAGCAGCAGUAAGAGUAGCGGUAGUAGUAGCAGUAGUAGUAGUAACAGCAGCAGUAACAUUAGCAGUAGUAGUAGCAGUAGCAGUAGCAGUAGCAGCAGUAGUAGUAACAGCAGCAGUAGCAGUAGUAGUAGCAGUAACAGUAGCAGUAGUAGUAGUAACAGCAGCAGUAGUAGUAGCAGUAACAGUAGCAGUAGCAGUAGUAGUAGUAACAGCAGCAGUAGCAGUAGUAGUAGUAGUAACAGUAGCAGUAGCAGUAGCAGUAGUAGUAGUAGCAGUAGCAGUAGCAGUAGUAGUAGUAACAGCAGCAGUAGCAGUAGUAGUAGCAAUAACAGUAGCAGUAGUAGUAGUAACAGCAGCAGUAGCAGUAACAUUAUCAGUAGCAGCAGUAGUAGUACUAGUAACAGCAGCAGUAGCAGUAGUAGUAGUAGUAACAGCAGCAGUAGCAGUAGUAACAGCAGCAGUAGCAGUAGCAUUAGCAGUAGCAGUAGUAGUAGUAACAGCAGCAGUAACAUUAGCAGUAGCAGUAGCAACAGCAGCAGUAGCAAUAACAUUAGCAGUAGUAGUAGUAGUAACAGUAGCAGUAGUAGUAGCAGUAGUAGUAGUAGUAACAGC